UCUCUAUGUUUUAUUCAUAAUUUAACUCAACUUAUUAUUAUAAUGGCAUCUGUUCUAGACUCCGGUAUAGAAAGGGAUUAUUGUGAUGAGUGAAACGGACGACACCGACGUUCUCUUAAACAUACCGCCAAACUUUUUUAAUGUGAAAAGUUCCGAUUCCGAGGACUCCUUCAUAAACUCCUCUAGAACUGUCCUGCAUAAACCCGUCUCGUGCACGGCUCGAGUGCUCGGCAAGCUCGUAGAUCAAGUGCAUACGCUAGAAUCCAGAUUGGAAGAUCUCGAGUUGGAUAACAGCAUUAACUCUACCGCCAAAUCUCUAAAAUACAAUACAUGGAAUAAUAUCAGUUGCGAUAGUCGCAGUGUCGACCGGGAGUACUUCACUUUUCCCCGUCGACGUCGCCGCAAAGUGAGAAAGGCGAGAAGCGGCGAGAGAGAUGUCCCGAGCGACUGGAGGACAGUGAGUACCUUAGAACGUUCCAAGCGCGACACCCCCAGCAUGGACGGAGACAUAAGUAGUAUUAUAUCGACCCCCAGUAAAAAAAACGAUCGACUUCUACUGAAUGAAAUAGAUGAGUUUUUGAAUAAAGUGGAAUCAUACGAAAGUCCGGAAUCCAUUUACAGAAGAGAAAGUAGUAUAAACACGAACGAUGUCAUUAAAGCCACAGGGGACUAUAUCACGGACAAACUCGAUCCUAGUACUGAGGUGAAGUUGCCGAGCGGCAGAAUGGUUCCUGCGAAUAUAUUAGACAAAUACAUUUACUUAGUGAAAAACAACCAGGGCCAAGCGUCAAAUAGUGACUACGAUACAAAUGAAAAGUCAAACAGUAUAAGUAGACUUAACUUCACAGAAAACAAGGAUGUGCAGACGACUUCUACACCGAAACGUACCAAAGAAGGUGCCAAUUUUUCAGACAGUUUCAAGCCCUCCUCCAAUAAAAUAUACGACAGAGCUUCUAUGGUUCUAGAACAGUACAAGUCUCAAAACUCAUCUAACAACAAUAAAACCUCUUUACAAGAUUCAAUAAAGAAGGAGGAAUUCAAAAUGCCCCAAAUUAGGCCAUUUGUGGACAAUGAUGGCUUGAAGAUGACAGCUAUGCAGGUGGACACUAUAGAUACUGACUUGUUGAGUUUGAGUGAGCUGUGGGGGGAGAGGGGGGAGAAUGUAGAAAGAGCUGACAGCAUCAAAUUAGAGGAAGAGAGAUUGAAAAGAGAACACUGUGAAGUGACAAUUCAACAGCUACAGAAGAAAAUUUUAGAUCAGCAAGAGAAACUGGCAGUAGCUAUGAAGGUUGAUAAAGCUAAGGACACCGCUAUUUCCAAACUCCGGGAGGCCUGGCUGAGACUCACUAACAGCCUUAGUAGAGCAGAAGAGAGACACAAGGCAGCCCUCGACAAGAUGGUGAGAGAAGUGGAAAACUUUAAAAAUGUAGCUGAUGAUUCACAGAAGAAAACUAACCACUUUGAAAAGGAGCUUUACAAGGCAUUGGAUUUGGCUCAUGAUUACCAGGAAAAGUGUAAGCAAAUAAAUAAUGAAAAAGUUGAACUUCAAGAGCAUACUGAGAAGAUGUUAGCAGAGAAAGAGGAUGAAAUACUCACAAAACAGAAUGAAAUAGAGAGUCUGAGGGAGAAUUAUGAAACUGUAAUGAAAAUGAAUAAGCACUCCACAGAAUAUGUUAGCAAUUUGGAAGAAGCUAUGGAAAAGGAGAAAAGAAGUCAUGAAGAAACAAAACAUAAGAUGAGAGAGUUACAAAGUAAGAUGGAAUCAUUGGACGAGGAGAGAAUACUUGCAGAGCAGGAGAGAGAUAUAGUGAAAGAGAAAGUGAACGAAGAGAGAUCAAGAUGCAGCAUUCUGGAGAGACAGCUGUGUGAUUCACAGAACCAAGUCGGAGAACUGUUGAAGAAAUGUGAUAUCCUCGACAACGAAGCAAAGACGCUCCGGAAGCACCUGGAGCUGCAGAAGACGGAGCUAAAAAGCCACUACCAGCAGCAAGUCGAGGAAGCCGUGCUGGGCAAGCUGCAGGAGUUCCAGCACCAGCUGGACCUGGCACAGCGGGACAUGGACGAGGCUGCCAGGGUGAGGGAGGCAGCGGUGGUCGACGGAUAUAACAAGCAGAUUGCACGGAUUGAGGAGCAACACAGAUUGGAAGUGAACGUUUUAGAAGAGAAACAGAGAGAAGAGAUCAAACUGUACCGCCUGCAGCUCGCCCAGGCCAGCGAGAAGAUCGCGCUUCUGGAGAGUAAAGUGGAGUCGUGGAAGAAACGCCGCGGCGAGAUGGCGGCGCAGCUACACGGCGUCAUGCAGGCGCAGUGGACGCAGGCGCUGCGUAUACUCACGCGCCCGCAACAACACGACACUGCUGACUCGCACGCUACGCAGCACGGGAAGUUUGCGCAACACGGGCAAUAUGCGCAACACGGGAACACUGCGCAACACGGACAGUUUGCGCAGCACGGGCAAUAUGCGCAACACGGGAACUCUGCGCAACACGGACAGUCUGCGCAUGCGCAGCACGGGCAAUAUGCGCACACCGCGCAAAACGCGUAUGCACAGGCUCGACAGCUGGCGCAGGAUAACCGAUAUCUAGACUCGACUCAUGACACAGCGGCGACCGGUGCAUUUCCUGAGUUCGAGCUGAGCUCCGCGCUGUCCGUCGACCGAGACAGCGACACCGAUCUACAGCGGUACAUACGACAGCUUCUAACGAAGAAACCGAGUUUCUCGCCGUUGGAGACGAGUCCCGAGAAAGCAGGUGUCGAGGAGCCGACAAGUGACCGCAACGACCGCCGGGCGCGCCGCAACACCGCCAAACCGCCAUGGAAGGCGUGACAAUGUUAACUCCCAUGGAAAUAUGGGAAAGUCAUAGAAAUAGUCUUGGAAAUGUGGAAGUAUCAUAGAAUUGUGUGGGAGCCGUAGAGCAAACAUGAACAUUAGCUUUAUUAAUUAAAUAAUUACAGUGAUUCACAUAACGCGACAUUGCCAUGGUUAACAUUUUAAUGUCAUCAAAUGUCUUGUUUGAGUAACUGAAACAUGUCUUCAUAAACAGCAGGCUUUUUUACAGUUAACAGCAAAUAACAAAAACUCUCGUUAGUCAACAGUCUCAUAAAAAUGUAAAUUCGACAAAUUUAUAUUUCUUAUGAGAGUAGGCCACUUUACUUCCGCAGCCUCAUGCACGCAAUCAGUAGGGCUUCUAUCGACGCUGCCGUCCAUAGGAUGCGGCCUAUAAUGGCCUAUAUCAAGGACUAUAGCUACCUACACUAUAAAUAUACUAUACUGUAUCAGUUUCCUAACAAAAAUGAGAUCAAAAACGUUUCACACAACUCGUCUAACUUGCAACACCUCUUUUUGUCGUUAAAAUACAGUCACAGAGUCUAACGAUUGCCCAAAUGAAACAAAUAGUACAAAUUCCUAAUGAAUUAACAUUCCGUCCAGAUUACCUUAGGUUUGUUUCGAUAUUGUUACACGUUUCCCGGUGAAACUCGUUGUUCCUGAUAUACUAGUGACUAUAUUCUUAAGAGGUAAAACUGCAGUGCUCGGCCGAAAAGAAUGCACGUAGACGUUACAAUUUUAGUUAUGUAUCUCAUCUAUGCUUUACAAAGGAUUGAAUGCGGAUUAAAGGCGUUUUCAAACUAUCCGAUACCGGACCGAAAAAAACACUGAAGUAUAAGAGCGACUGCGGACUUACAAUUUCAAGUUGGCCACUAAAUCUCAUAGUUUACGUACUUAGUAGACUUAUGAGAGCUCGCACAUUGCAUCCAACUAAAUGUUGUCCAGUUAAAUUGUGGAACUACCUU